GUCAAUCGAAACCUAAACUAAAUAUUCAAAACCUAAAACAUCAGAAACUGAAAAAGAAGACAGGGGCUCCUUUUCUCUUCCAAACCUAGUGUUCGCCACGCUCGGGUUGGUCUGAAGAACUUGUUUGAGUGACUAUCGAUGGAUCCGCAGCCAGAACCUGUUACCUAUAUCUGUGGAGACUGUGGACAAGAGAACACAUUGAAGCAUGGAGAUGUGAUACAAUGCCGUGAGUGUGGUUACCGCAUUCUUUACAAGAAGCGAACCCGAAGAAUUGUUCAGUAUGAAGCUCGCUAAAUAUGAAAUUCAAAGAAGGGGGAGGGCAUAAGCACUUAUGUCAAUGAGAAACAAUAUCAGAAGUGUUGAUGCAUUGUAUAUGGUUGAUUGUAUUAUGCGGUUCAAGAAGAUUUGUACAUUAUUGUCAAUCAAUGGUUGCUUGGGACCUGAGUGAUGGCUGUUGAUUUAGAACAACAAGAGUUCAUACUUCUUAUGGUCUGCUUAUGUUCUGUUUUUAAGUGGUUUCAUUUUGUUAUAGGGGACUUAAUCUUUUUUAAUGUGUUAGCUUCAUGUUAUGCACCUUGUCUUGUUGAUUUGUUAGCUCCAUAAUUUUAAAACAAGGAUUAAACUUAUGUGAGGCAAUGCUUUCUUUUUUA